ACGGUAUCGGCCGAGUGCACGUUGCAAAUAUAAAAAGAACAAAAAUAACUUUCAGAUGACGCUCUAUUUCGAAUAUCCGGUUAUUUUUCCGGAAACUGGUUCGGUGUCGGUAAAUGGGUUAUGGCACCCGAACGAGCCGCUACUGGCUGUGGCCAGUUUUUCGCAGGACAGAGGCGGGUUCGUCACCAUUUUCGACGAGUUGGGCGAAUCGAUAAAAAACGUGACGUUUCCGGUACACAGAAGUUACCAAGUGACCUCGUUGGCAUGGCACCCGGAAAAAACGGUUUUGGCGUGCGGUUGGGAGAACGGGGAGCUGAAAAUAUGGGACGGCAUGGAGAAGGAGUUCGUGAACAUCGCCGGACUCCACAAGAGUCCGGUUAUUUUGCUGGAGUUCAGCGAGAAGGGCAGCAGGCUUGUCUCUUGCGAUACAUCGGGUUCCAUAGUAGGCUGGAAGGUGGACGUUAAAGGCCAACUCAACACGGCCUUUCAUUUGGAUCUCAAAGAGCAAAUCACGCAUUUGACGUUUAGGUUGACAGUUAAAAAUCAUCCUGACUAUGACGUGGACACGCUCGCUAAAGCAGCUGUCAACGGAGACGAAACAGCUCUGGACAUGUUUAGUAAUUGGCGCCCCAAAACAACUGCUAGGAAGUUUAGAGUCCAAGACGGCAGCGAUAACCUCUGUUUUUACAUAGCCACCCAGGUCGGGUCCAUCUACUAUGUCAAUCACAGUGGAUCUUGUGCUGAAGUUCUAAAUACUGAAGGUAUUCCGUUAACAUAUGUGGUGUACCACCCCAAGAAAGACGCCCUAAUAGUGAUGAUGGAAGGUCUUACCAUUGGUCAUUUUACCGUUGACUACCAAGGUCAUUUGCAGGAGAUAGCCAAGGUCAAACUAAGCGGUAGAGUCCAGAAUAGAAGCGUUGGAAGUCAGGGCUUAAUAUGGACUUUUGACAGUUCUCUGGCUAUCCUAACAGGUGAUCUGACCGUCCGAAUAUGGGACAUAGAAACAAACGACAACUACGUGCUACCGACCUCACUCAAACUAUACGCGACGGAAGAAAAACCGACGCUCAACGAAUCAUUCACGUGCAUAGCCUACUGCGCCAUGAACCAAACGCUGUGCGCGGGCACCAACACUGGAAAGGUGUACUUCUGGACCCGCAAAAUUUUCGAUGUCGAGUCGGAUAGUCCCGAGGACCAAUGGGAGUUGAACAACGUUAACGGCAUCAGUGGUACCGUCAAGCAGAUAAUGUGGGGGUCCAUGCUGCUUCGGCAGCCGCUGUUGAGUCUGAAUUGCGUGACCACUGUAUUCAUUAUGAAGGAGCAGAGCAUCUCAACGUGCUUCUCGGAUAAAAUCUGGGCGGUACAGAAAACCGCGUCGCAGAUUCUAAUGGAGAGCCAAAGCGGUAACCAUUUGUUGAAGCUGGAGAAUCAGGUUACAGAUAUGGCUACUACGAACGACUGCAUAGCCUUCACCAAUGGUAGGAAUGUGGUUAUGUACGACAUCACGUGGAAACAUGGUGACAACAAAUACGACAUUAACUCAAAGUUGAGUAAGGAGUCGAACGACGAAAGCAACUUUACAGUCAAACACCUCACAACGUUCAAGUUUGACAACGAAGGUAUAUCUAUGUACGACAAACUCGUUGUAGCUCUAACCCAAAAAGGGGUUUUGGUGAGACCCCACAACGGUUCCGGUGUCACCACCAUAACCUCCACCUCCAUGGAGGGAGAACCCAUAGGUAUGGACGUCACAGGAAAACACCUCACCAUAUUCACCAUAGAGGGUUUCCUCAAGAUAUACGACUUAUCGGAAGGUGCGCCAAAACUGCUCACCCCAGUUAAAAACCUCGUCGAUUCCGUAGAAGAUUUCGGUGAGGUCAUCCAAGCCAAAACCAAUUCAGACGGCAGCAAAGUUGCAAUGACCAUAGCCGGUACCAAUUUGAUACCGGACGGUAAACUCUACAUAUGGGACAUCGAAAGGGAUCAUUUGACUUGGUUCGAUUUCAAAAGCAAAAGUACGAAUUAUGGCGAUGAAGAUACGGAAGAUAAGAGUGGUUUCGAGGAAAUUUGCUUCAAUAGGAUACCUUUGUCUUUGAAUUGGGACGCAGGGGACUGUAGAUUGUUGGUGUGUGAUGCCAAAAAGUUGAAAACCAGGGAGAAGAAGAAUGGCUUUCCCAAAGUUGGACGUUCCAUAUCUAACGCUGGGGUGCAAAAAACCUUGAAAGACGAAGAUCACAUCCUCAUAACUAUGUUCGUCUCGCCGGAUAACGCCAUAAAAAUGCACGACGUGAAACCUAUAGACCCGGAAUCGAGACUUAUAUCAGUCGCCACACCUUUUAUCGCCACCCUGCAGAAACUGUCCAUCGUGCGCGAGGUAAUGGGUGACUUCAUCGGCCUGGAGUCCUGCGAUGGCGUCACCAAAACGGCCGUCCUGGACUUCAGCUACAACCUGAGCCUCGGAAACAUGGAUGCCGCUUUCAAGGCCAUCAAGCUGGUGCAAAGCAGCGGCGUUUGGAACAGCCUGGCGCGCAUGUGCGUCAAGACGCGUCGUCUCGACGUGGCGGGCGUUUGUUUGGGGCACAUGGGCAACGCCCAGGCCGCAAGGGCUCUAAGAUUGGCUAUAUCGGACGAUUCUCUGCCUCUCGAAGCUAAAGUUGCAGUUCUGGCGGUACACUUGGGCAUGCUGGACGAAGCUGAGCAGCUGUACGCUCAAUGCGGCAGAUACGACUUGCUCAAUAGGUUGUUGCGAAGCCGUAACAAGAUGGAUGCAGCCCACGCCAUAGCCGAAUCGAAAGAUAGGAUACAUUUGAGGAAUACCGAGUACACCUGGGCCAAAAUUUUGGAGCAAAACGGCGAUAUCAAGGAGGCUAUAGCUCGUUUCGAGAAGGCCAACACUCACAAGCAUGAUGUGCCUAGGAUGUUGAUAGAACAACCCUUGCUACUUCAAGCCUACAUGGCCAAAACUAAGGACCCGGACAUACUGAAAUGGUGGGGGCAAUACAUCGAAUCGCAGGGCGAUAUGACUUCCGCCCUGAAAAUCUACGCCGGCGCUGGAGACGUUUACUCGCAAGUGCGCGUGUUGUGUUUCCUAGGCGACGAAACAAGAGCGGCCGAGUUGGCCAGAUCCAACUCCGACAAGGCCGCCUUCUACCACAUGGCCCGGUACUACGAAACGGUAGGCAACUGCGAAGACGCCGUGUACUUCUUCACCAAGGCCACGGCGUACGGAAACGCCGUCAGGCUGUGCAAGGAGAACAACAUGUCCGACGAGCUGUGGAAUCUGGGCUUCAUAGUCUCGCAGAGGGACAAGAUGGAGUGCGCCAGGUAUUUCGAGGAGGCCAACGAUUUAGCCAAAGCCGUCGUGCUGUAUCACAGAGCUGGAAAGUUGCACAAGGCUCUAGAUCUAGCCUUCAAAACGCAACAGUACGAUAUCUUGCAGCAAAUCGCUACGGACCUGGACGCCAGCUCAGAUCCCGCGUUGGUGCAAAAAUGCGCCGAAUAUUUCGUCACCAACGAGCAGUUCGACAAGGCUGUCGACCUGCUGGCCAUUGCAAAGAAGUACACUGAAGCCAUAACCCUGUGCUUGAAACACAACGUCCAACUCACAGAAGAUCUAUCGGAGAAGUUGACCCCAGAUAAGGAUGUCGUCGACGAAAAUACGCGAGUAAAAGUCCUGGAAAAGUUGGCGGAAAGUUUGAUGCAGCAAGGGAACUACCACCUGGCCACCAAGAAGUUCACCCAAUCCGGGGACAAAGUGCGGGCGAUGAAGGCUCUACUGAAAUCCGGGGACACGGAAAAAAUCGUGUUCUUCGCUGGGAUAUCGCGCCAACGCGAGAUCUACAUCAUGGCGGCGAAUUACUUGCAGUCUCUCGACUGGCAGAACAAACCCGACAUCCUCCGGAACAUCAUCGCGUUCUACUCGAAAGGAAAGGCUUUGGAUUUGCUGGCCAACUUCUACGUGGCUUGCGCGCAAGUCGAAAUAGACGAGUUUCAGAACUACGAGAAAGCCUUCGGGGCCUUGACUGAAGCCUCUAGGUGCCUGGGGAAGGUCCAAACGCCCAAAGAUUCCCUCCAGCACCAGAGGGCCACGGAUAUCGUCCAGCAACGGCUAACUUCAGUCAAGAGGUUUGUGGAUAUAAGGAGGCUUUUCGAAAGGGGAGAUCUUCAUACAGGCAUGCUCCAGAGCAGGCAGCUGCUGGAUUCAGGUGGUAAAGACUUGGAGGACUCUGUGAGAAGAGGCGACAUUUAUUCACUAAUGAUCCAGCAGUGCGUGAAAGCUGGUAAAUUCGACGAAGCCAAGGAGUUGAUAAUGCAGCUGAAGCACUAUUUAAGCGAAACUGGCAAUAACUCGUUGACAUAUUACGUUGGUAAAGAUGUUGUUGAAACUUUAGCCAAAGGUAUUGGCGUUCCUGUUAAUUAUUUUUUGCCGGUUAGUGCUAAAAGUCCCAAUAAUGAGGAUGUUGAUGAUGGUGAAGAAAUUUUGGAAGAAACCUAAAAAUAAAUGUUUGUUCAAUCA